AUGGAGCAUGAGGAAAAUAUAUCCGAGACAACACUUCUGGUGUUUCUAGAGCUGGAGAGAAUGAGUGAAGAGCCGAAGGAGAAGGCGAUGAAACGAUUUGGACACUCUGCGAGUGAUUACUUUGAACGACAGGCACAGGCUAAAUUUCAGUCUCAAAAUCUAGAUUUUGAGUUUCGGAAUGCUCCACGCAAGGAGCUUGCAAGCAAGUAUUCAGAUCCGAAUCAUCCUGCUAGUAGUCUCGUGUUUAUUACAAGUGACGGGAAGCUCAAUCCUGUUGGGGCCACUAGACAGCGGAGAGAGAACUACAGUCCUUUAAGAUACAUGUUGACGCGGGAUGCAUUGUAUUUGAUGGUUAGCAUGAGCGGGCUGGCUGAGUUGAUCGCAAUUGAUGGCUCUCUUGUUGAUCACAUUGUCUUGUUCAUAAUGCCAGCAAGGAUCCAACAUAGUACCUCUCUUUCUCUAUCGCAACCUAAACUAUCCUGCUUUCACUCUCCUUCAUCCUCUAUUCGAGUUGAAGUACAGUACCAGGGACUUCAAUAUCAACUCUAG